AUGGUGAAUAUUAUAUUUAGACUGUCUGCUCUCCGUGACUGGAAUCCUUCUCUUACAGUGUGCUUAGAUGGUGAAAGCUAUGUAUGUGCAUCCAAUGAACCAUAUCGCAAAGUUGAUUAUACCAAGAAUGUCAAUCCAAACUGGUGUGUGAACAUAAGGACUGGGUCCACUCGAUCCUUGACAUCUUUGACAGCCACAAAGAGUGAAGUGAAGGAGAGUAAAGAUUUCAUUAAGCCUAAAUUAGUGACCGUUAUUAGGAGUGGAGUGAAACCCCGGAAAGCUGUGAGAAUUCUGCUGAAUAAGAAGACUGCUCAUUCCUUUGAGCAGGUCUUGACUGACAUCACAGAAGCCAUUAAGUUAGAUUCCGGCAUAGUCAAGAGACUUUGUACACUGGAUGGAAAGCAGGUGACAUGCUUGCAGGACUUCUUUGGAGAUGAUGACGUCUUCAUUGCAUGUGGACCUGAGAAGUACCGGUAUGCUCAGGAUGACUUCGUGUUGGAUCAUAGCGAAUGUCGUGUUAUGAAGUCAUCUUAUUCCCGAUCAUCUGGCAUGAAGCAUUCUGGAUCCAAAAGUCCAGGACCUUCACGUCGAAGCAAAUCACCUGCCUCAGUAAAGAGGGGUGGCCACUACUCCAGUGCUUAUUCUACAGCAAAAUCCCCAGUUAAUGGAACACCAAGCAGUCAGUUAUCCACUCCAAAAUCUACCAAGUCCUCCAGUUCUUCACCAACCAGCCCAGGCAGCUUUCGUGGACUCAAGCUCCCUCCACAUGGUGGAUCUUCUUCCAACGUGAAUGGUGUACCCGAAUCACUCCACUGCCAGAGUCCUGAAGGUGUGAAUGGAAACAAGUGCUCAGGGUCAUCUACCAUUCUCGAGAAGUACAAAGUGGGAAAGGUGAUCGGUGAUGGCAAUUUUGCUGUAGUAAAGGAGUGCAUAGAACGAUCCACAGGAAAGGAGUUUGCGCUGAAGAUCAUAGACAAGGCUAAAUGCUGUGGAAAGGAACACCUGAUUGAAAAUGAAGUGUCUAUUUUGCGUCGAGUGAAGCAUCCAAAUAUCAUUAUGCUGAUAGAAGAAAUGGACACCCCAACAGAACUCUACCUGGUGAUGGAGCUGGUCAAGGGAGGAGAUCUAUUUGAUGCUAUCACUUCCUCUACAAAAUAUACAGAACGAGAUGGGAGUGCAAUGGUCUACAAUCUAGCCAGUGCACUAAAAUACCUUCAUGGCCUCAACAUUGUACACAGAGACAUCAAGCCAGAAAAUCUCCUGGUGUGUGAAUAUCCAGAUGGAACCAAGUCUUUGAAGCUUGGAGACUUUGGACUGGCAACUGUGGUUGAAGGACCUUUAUAUACUGUCUGUGGUACACCCACGUAUGUGGCUCCAGAAAUCAUUGCAGAGACAGGGUAUGGCUUAAAGGUGGAUAUUUGGGCUGCAGGUGUGAUCACAUACAUACUGCUGUGUGGAUUCCCCCCGUUUCGCAGUGAAAACAACCUUCAGGAAGACCUCUUCGAUCAAAUACUUGUUGGGAAGCUGGAAUUUCCUUCUCCAUACUGGGAUAAUAUCACUGAUUCAGCAAAGGAGUUAAUUAGCUUGAUGCUACACGUGAAUGCUGAAGCCCGAUAUACAGCAGCACAGAUCCUAAGCCAUCCCUGGGUGUCAGAUGAUGCAUCCCAGGAGAAUAAUAUGCAAGCUGAAGUAACAGGUAAACUGAAGCAGCACUUUAACAAUACCCUGCCCAAGCAAAACAACACAUCUGCUGGAGUUUCUGUCAUCAUGAACACAGCUCUAGAUAAAGAGAGUCAGAUUUUCUGCAGCAAGCGCUCGCAGGACUCUGGUAGAGCUGGAUUGGAGCAAACGUCUGCAAUUGCUGCUACAGCUGAUGAUCCUUGCGUGGCUGGGGCCAAGGCCCUCUCCCCUGCUGCUGCUGAGCCAGUCAGAUCCCCCACACUCCCUGCCUCAGCAUGUCCCGAGUUUGCUGGGGAUCAGCCUGGUCUGUAGGACUGACUAAACCAAACCCAACUGAAGCUCCUCGCGCUCUCCCCAGUUUCUCUUAUUUCACAACACAGUUUGUUUUCAGUUUGCUUGCACCCUCUUGUGGCGAGGCGAAGGCAGGCUGUCACAAACUUGCAAUAGCGGGCAAGUGAGCCUGUGUUUGAGUGCUCCUUGCCCUUGUCUUGAGAACAGCAAUAGGGGAAAGAUUCUGGUAUUUUUAGAUGACUUUUUUUCUUUUUUCUUUUUCUUUUUUUUUUUUUUUAAAGUUGUCUGUGCUAACUUCCUGCAUUUCACACAGCCUCGGGCUCUAAAUAGACUAACUUACUGUCUAGCUAACCAUAUUUUUAUAGACGUACUUGAGAAUGGUGAGCAGUUACCAGACCUCACUUCUGCAAACAGACCCUGUUGCACUCUUCUGAUGAGGAUUCUCAGAAAAGCAGGAGAGGAAGACGAGGGAAGACAACUGCAUUCACCUUCUGUUCCAAUGCCUCUGUUUUUAGUCAAGUUUCUACUGAACCCGGGGAGGCAAGUUUUCAUGAAGAAUCUUCUUAGUGGACUAACUGUAAAAUAUCAUGGGACAAACGCUGGAGAUGGAGGGAUAGUCCUUUUUGUAUCAGGUUUGUUAUCAGGACUGUAGGCUACAGGAUAGCAUUUAGAUUAUAUGAAUUUAAACAAACUGACUUGGGAUGUAAACAUGAACAAGGGAGACUCAUUUGUAAAGGAAGAGGACUGCAGUCAGGGAAGCCUUUUUUGUUCUAGCCAUUUUAUCUCCUUCCCACAGAUGUCCCAUCCACAACUUUCUCCAGAGCCAGACUACCUAUUAGAUAAACCACUUUGGACCUGUGAAUGGAAAGCCUGCUGCAUAUUAUCUAACCUAGGACAGAUGGAGCAGUUUCUUCUAGGAUGAGCUGAUGGAGGAGCUACUACAACAAGCCACCAUCAAAAGCUAUCCAAGGUCUGUCAGUGCUCUCCCCUAUUCACCUGGUGCAGGCACUGGAAACGACGACUGGGGAACGGUUAUCCUUAAUCUGCAGUCAAGGAUAAGUGAGGUUUUAUCUUUAUCAUAUUGCUUAGUUCAAUAUUGUAUGUAUUCAGCUUACUCAUUUCCUUUGCUCAUUCUUAUGAAUUUGUCAUAGUUCAUUGUCUUUCUUAGCUAUACUUUCUACUAGAAUUGUAAAAGAAAGACCUGCAAUAAACUUUCUUCAUUAAAAGAAUGUCA